AUGCCUGGAGCCAGUGGCGUCAACGUGGAGGGCUCUUGUGAGGCCCUGCGUCGAACCCUGGUGUCACAGAACGGCCUGCAGAGAGAGACGGCCGACAUCUCCCAGUCUGUCCUCUACACCUCUCUGAUGGGCCUGCUUCUGGUCACUGACAACGAGAAAGAGCAGCUCACCUUAGGAAGUGGAAGGGUUGGCCUCAGAAACAUAGGAAACACAUGUUUCCUGAAUGCAGUAGCCCAGUGUUUGUCUCACACACGUGGCCUACGGGACUACUGCCUCCUCAAGUCCUACAGGGAUGAGAAGUUCUCCAGAGAGGAGGCUAAGCUCAUGGAAGCUUUUUCUCAGGUGCUGUCAGGCCUUUGGGAUAUAAAUGAAGAACAGACAGUUGUAAAUCCACGACAGUUUUACAAUAUUUUCAAGGGUGCGGUGCCCUACUUCAGUGGUUACAGUCAACAGGAUGCACAGGAGUUCCUCAGAUUCCUAUUGGACAAGCUGCACACAGAAAUCAACCGCAGACCCUACGUUCGACGAACAGGGAAGGAACCCGAACAGAAAUUUGCCAGAUUUAGGAUAUCAGAAGAGGCGGCGGCCAUGUGGAAGAAGCACUUGGAGAUAGAUGACAGCAGAAUAGUAGACCUGUUCGCAGGCCAGCUGCGGAGCUCGCUGCAUUGCUCAGUGUGCUCCCACUACUCCAACACAUUUGAUGUGUUCUGUGAUCUGUCACUGCCCAUCCCCAAGAGGAGCUCUGCUGGGGAGGUCACGCUGAGGGAGUGCCUGGACCUCUUCUCUCAAGAGGAGAAACUGGACAAGGAGAAUUCACCAAUGUGUGAGAGGUGUAACAGGCAUACAGAGUGCACCAAACGGCUGUCCAUCCAAAGGUUUCCCCAGGUUAUUGUGAUCCAUCUGAAUCGUUUUACGAUGUCACGGUGGUCCAUCAGUAAAAGCACAGUGUUUGUGUCGUUCCCUCUCACUAACCUGGACCUUGGACCCUACGGACCCGUGGACUGUGGCCCAGUUCUGUAUGAUUUAUAUGCAAUAUGUAACCACACGGGGACGGUGAACAUGGGCCACUACACAGCUUGCUGUUCAGAUGAAAAUGGAUGGUGCUUCUACAAUGACUCCAGUGUCACUUCAGUCUCAGAGAACCAGCUUCAGACCAAUCAAGCCUAUGUGCUGUUCUACCAGCGCAGCAACAGCACCACCACCACAACCGCCGUCAGGAAAUAGACCUAAGACUGGCUGAGCAAGGCAGCCAAUCAGAGCAACUUUACCUCCAGUGUCCAUAGAAACAAAUAGAAGCAGCAGCAAUGGCAUCUAUGAACUUCUCAAUGCACUCAAAUGAACUCUGAGGAGGAGGAGAGGG